CGCGACCUGACUUCCGUCGCUCGAUGCGGCUUCAUUCUGCGCGCUGCCCCACUGUGCCGCUCCACGCUCCAGCCUCGCCGCGGGGAAGCCAGGCGUAGAGCCGGCCGGUGCAGAGAAGCUGAGCGGCAUGCCCGCGCGAACGUCGUCGAGGUGGAGCCGCCGGUCCUAGCGCCGGCGCCCACGGCCAGGACGGGGAUGCUGGCCGGCGAGCUCGUGUCGGGCAACCCGAGCAAGUGGCAAUGUCAGCCGACCAACAAAGCAAAGGCUGUCGCCAGCUCACGCACCGAUGAUGACGCCGAUGACGCCAGCAGCGGCGAGGCCGGCGGCGGCCCCGUGGAGCUCCUCCCUCUCCACCUCACCGAGAAGAUCCUCUACAGGAUCAGCCCGCUCGCGUCGGCGCACCUCGUCGCCGUCUGCAAGCCCUGGGCGGCCACCGUCUCGGAGCGCCUCGCGAGGCCCGUCCCCCACCUGUUCGUCUACCUGCCGGCGGACCACGGGUCCGACCGCCGCGGGGUCGUCUUCUCCGUCUCGAUGCACUCCGGCUACCCGCCGGAGGUGAUCCCGAGCCGCGUGCGCUUGGCGGACACGAACGGCCUCGGGUGCGUCGGCGCCAUGCCCAGCGGCCGCCUGGCCUUCGCGAACUUCUGCUGGUGCGAGACGAGCGUCCUCCUCGUCAACCCGAUCACCGGCGCGCGGCAGAGAAUCCACGUCGAGAAGCUGCGCGGGAACCCGGUGAUCGCCGCCGGCGGUGCCGACUCCUUCGUCUCCAUUGGCAUCGGCGAGCUCAUGUUCUGGCGGCGUUCCGGCGGCGAGGAGUGGUCGAAGCGGUCGGUGGCGGCAGGCGGGUACCCGCUUGACGCCAUCAUGUCAGUGGCCAACUGUAACGGCCGCUUCUACAUACUGGACAAGGAAGGGUACGUGUUCCUGGUCGACGCCACCGCGCCACCGCCGCUCUGCAUCGAGAAGCUCCCGGCGGCGAGCCUGUUUGACUGGUUCGCACCGCCGCGCUCCGCCCUCGCGACGGAGUACGGCCACUUGCUGGAGUCCGGCGGGGAGGUCCUCUUCGUCCGUCGAGUGCUGGCCUCCAAGGAAGACUACCGCGAGAUCCUGUUCUGCCGUCACGGCGCCGAUGAGCUCCUCUCCAUCGUCGGCUUCGAGGUGUACCGGCUGGACGUGGAGGGCCGGCGCUGGACGGAGGUGAAGGAGCUCGCCGGCGACCGUGCGCUUUUCGUGAGCCCCGCGUCGUCGUUCGCUGUGCGCUCGUCGGACAUGGAGGGCUGCAGGAGCAACUGCAUCUACUUCGUCGACAAGAAGCGGUACUGCGCACAGUGCAAGAGGGACGACGGCAACACCUGGGGCGUCUACUCCAUGGAAGACCGGGAGGUUUUGUUUAAGCAAGCUGUCACCGAGCAGGGAGCAUGCUCGUCGGCGACAUGGUUCUUACCAAGGGUAUAGUACGUAAGGCAGUCAGUAUUUUUUUAUGAUGCAGCAACUAAUAAAUGAAGAGAGGAUUGAAAUGAGUUUUAUCACCAUGAAAUCAUGUAUACAUUGUUUCCUAGGAAUAUUAUAUCUUGCAUGUAGUCUUGGAAACAACAAACUUUGUAUUGUGUCACUGGUAGAGAACUCAUCUUUCAUGCGUCCCCUUU